AUGCCUCUACCAACCCCUCACUACAACUUGUCAAACCACCAAGAUGUUUAUGAACCAAGUGAAGAUACUUUUCUUUUUUUAGAUGCACUGGAAAAGGAAACAGAAUUUAUUAACAAAAAACAGCCUUUAUUUGCAUGUGAAGUUGGCUCAGGAAGUGGAAUUCUUAUAACAGGUUUAGCCAAUUUAUUAGCAAAUCCUUGUAUGUGUUUCAGUACAGAUAUUAACAUAAGUGCCUGUCAAGCAACCCAAUAUACAGCACAGCUCAAUAAUAAAACUGUAGAGGUUAUAGCAACAAAUCUAUUUGAUGGACUUACUUGUGAUUUUGAUAUAAUUUUAUUUAAUCCUCCAUAUGUUAUCACUAAUGAAAAUGAAGUUGUAGGCAGAGGAAUUAAUAGAGCUUAUGCCGGAGGCGAAUUAGGUAGACAAAUCACUGAUAGAUUUAUCGAAAAAUUGCCAAAGGUGCUAAGUAAGAAUGGAGUUUGUUAUUUGUUACUUUUAAAAGAGAAUAAUGUAACAGAGAUUGAAAAAAUGUUGACUAAGUUAGGAUUUAAAAGUGAGAUUGUUUUGGAAAGAAAAAUUCCAGGAGAGUAUUUAUAUGUUUACAAAAUAUAUAGGUAGUGUAGGAUAAAAAAAAACAACAUUUUUGAUAACAUAUAUUUUUUACAUAUUUGGCAAAAAAAGGUAUCGUUCUAAGUAUGGUAGUUUUCAAUAAAUGUCAGUCAGAAAUAUUUGUGUUAUAAAGUAAGAAACCUCUCUUAGGCGGCCGCUGAAAAGUGUCAAAGAGAAAAAAAGGCAAUUACACUUAGAAUUAGAAUAAUACAUUUUAAUUUUUAAUAACCAUUAUUUCAUGAAAACUUGAAAUAAUAGGUACAAAAAUGUAUUUAGUUUUAUUUUCUUAUAUAUUUGUUUAUAUUUUUUACUCUUGUGCUAAUUUUAGCAGCAUUUAUGCCUACUAAACUACGUUAACAAUAAUUAUUGUAGAAAAGGAUUCGCAGCCUGUGAGGAUGCUCUGAUUAGCUGAACAACAGAACUGUAGGUUAGCAGCAAAAAUAUCAUAUUUUGUAAUUUGUUUUUUUUUUUUAAUAUUAUCUUGUUUCAUUUUUUA